GACAGACAAUAAGACAGACAGACAGACAGUAAGACAGAGAGACAUACAGACAGACAGACAAUAAGACAGACCAAUCAGUAAUCAGCCAUAACAACAUGGUUUCAGCAUGGUCAGACUGUUUGAGUCAACUGCAAUUACAUCACGUAAAAGAACCCAAAGGAAGGUAUGUCAAUUCUGAAGACAGAUCAGACAUAGUCGUAUUUGAUUCGGCAUUGGGGGUGGAUCUUGAAUUGGAUAUUGCUAUAGCGCAUCCCUGGAGUAAUGAAAUAGAAGGUUUAUCAGCUACAAUUCAGAGAGCAGUGGCAACCAGAAGAGAAAAUCUGAAGAUCAAAAAGUACGACCAGGAGCUCUUGCCUGGAGGUUUUCGACCAACAUUUGUGCCUAUAGUUUUGGAACAUUUUGGGUGUUGGGGAGAGAAAGCUGAAGACUAUUUGAAGAAACUGUCACAGCUAUCAAGAGACGAAGACGGAAAGCCAUUUGCAUCAACCUUCAAGACAUACUGGAGAUCUGUGUUUUCUGUGUGUCUACAACGAUCAAAUGCUAGAGUGAUUGACAGAAAAAUAAAGAAGAUUGUUUCAAGAGACAGCCACAUAAACAUAAAUAGUUGUAAGUAGAACCAAGCCCUAUUAGCUUGGGUAGUAUUUAGUUGCUUUGCUUAGAUGAUGUAUAAUAGUUCAAUGUUUGAAAAUAUAUGUAUUGACA